AUGGCUGUCGCUUCACCUACUACCACCCAACCCAUCGAGGUCAAGAAGGUCGAUGACAGCAACAACGCAGCUGCCGCACCCAAGAAGAGGAGGAGAAGAGCUCCGGCUACAGGAGCCACCGAAGACUGCUUCUCUUGCAAAAAGCGUUCCGUGAAAUGCGACCGAAGACGACCCUACUGCGGACAGUGCGUCGAGAUUGGCAAGGAGUGCACUGGCUACCGCACGACGCUAACCUGGGGCGUGGGAGUUGCCAGCCGUGGAAAGCUUCGAGGCAUGUCAUUACCCAUUGCCAAAUCACCAUCUACAACCACUACCACACGGGAUUCCAAAGUCCAAUCGACAGCAUCGACCUCUGCCACCAACGCGUCCAGCCAUGCCAGCCAUCACUCCUCCAGCUUCAACAGCCAAGCCAGCAUUGAUUUCAAUAUCCAAUCUCCCACAAGCCCCAUGAGCCCCGGCAGCAUAUACUCAGCCCCACAAGAGUACCAGUACUUUGGUGCCACAAGCCCGAUUCCCAUUCCCUCGCCCUCGACCCCGCUUGGCUUCCCCAUGCAGUCCCCUCGAGAGCAUUUUGAAAUGAUGCACCCACUGGCCUCCAAGAUGAGGAGACCAUCUCAGCUCAGCAGAGGGCCCCUGCAGAGGUUACACACCUCAAUACAUAUGCCUUUCGAUGAGGGCGGCUUGUCAGCAUCCACCGCUUCCCUCGGCACAUAUAGCGACAGCGACUUCCCGUCACCCGGAGAGUACCCCCACACACCUGCAGACGAGUUUCCCUUUGCGGAUCCAUCCAUGCCGCGCUACUCGCCUCUCCACUCGUACGACCAAGCGCCCAUGGGCUCCAUGGACAGCUUCUUUCAUGAGGCCCCACGGUCAUUGCCCAUGGCUGACGACAUGAGUUCCAGCGUUAGCUCAGAUCAAAGCAUACACGACUAUGUCGAGGUGAGCUCGGCACAGCAGAACAUGGGACCUGCAGUGUUUCACGAUGUUUUUGCGGAAGGAGAUGUGAACUCGAGUUACGCUGCGAUGCCUCAGUCCGCUUUCUCUUUUCUUCCUUCGGAGGGUACGUCAAUGUCUUCUUACGGUUCCGGCCCCCUGUCUCUCGACGUACUCUCGCUCACCACAUCUAUCCCUCAGAGUCUUGCCAUCGCUUCGCCCCUUUCCCCUCGGAUGCUAUACCUUAUGGACUACUACGACAAAUUUAUAUGCCCGGUACUGGUGGCUUUUGAUAACCCUUCCAAUCCAUACCGGAUGCACAUCAUACAUCUGGCCAUGCAGAGCGAAGAGCUUCAGAACGCUAUUGCUGCACUAGCCACGAACAACAUGCGCAUGCGUGGAGGCUUGGAAGGUCGUCGACUAGGUGCCCCUGGAGGAGACCACCGCCUGCUUCCGGAGCACGCUUACUCGCAAAUGACUACACAGGAGCUACGGGAAAUGCACGGAGAGGCAACGAGCGAGGAAAAGCACUACAAGACCCAGUCUAUUGCACUAUUGAACAGGAAGCUAGUAGACAUCAACGGCUCGCAGGACGAUUCCGUACUAGCCACUCUUCUCAUUCUCUGUCUCUUCCAUGUCUGUGACUCGGGUUUUACGAAAUUCAAAACGCAACUAGCGGGUGUUCAAAAGCUUUUGGCUAUGCGAGACAGGACUGUACAGUCUGAGUUCGUCGGAUGGAUAGAAGUGUUCUUCACGUGGUUCGAUGUCAUGACAGCCGCUGUCAACGACCGUGAGAUCGAGGUACGCGGCGACUCCCUGGACAUGAUGAACCUCACUGCCAACCUUGGUGCGCUGGAACACAACUCGGGCUGCGAAGGACGACUCUUCAAACUCGUUGCUCGACUGGGAAGGCUCAACCUACUGAGCCAGAACCGACCUGUACGCAACAACGACGACACGCCCCAAUCAUCACCACGACCCAAGAAACCGAACGACUUUUACUCGUUCAACUUUGACCACAUUGACGGCAACGGCUGGGGUACACCUAUUGUUGAAUUCAAAGACCCAUUUGCUUCGGCGCGCGACGAUCCCCACUCUCCGUUCUGGAUCGAGUGGAACGAUGUGCGCAUCCGGCUCCAAGAGUGGGAGUUUGGUGCCCCUGGCGAAAACGCUGCAGGCUCUUGCGAGGCAUCAUCGUCCAUGCUCGCCAUGUCUCCCAACGAAGCCGCGCUUCUCCACAUCAGCGAGAGCUUCCGCUACGCAGCACUGCUCUACACUGAGCGCCUUGCUCACCCUACCCUCCCCGCCGGCGCACUGAACUUCCAGAACCUGGUCGCACAAGGCCUCUACCACAUCUCACAGAUCGGCAUCACAAGCUGCGUCAACAAAUUCCUACUCUGGCCCCUCUUCAUCGUCGGCACAGAGUGCGUAGACCCCGAGCACCGGGCCAUGGUGCGACAGCGCUGCGUCGAAAUCCAACGUGAGAGCGGCUUCUUCAACAAUCUCAGUGGUCUCGAGGUGCUGGAGCGCAUGUGGCAGGACGACGAUGAGUGGGUCGACGGCGACAUGCAGAGCCCGCGACAAGGGCCCUUUGGUACAGUGCAGCAGGCAUUCCGGUGGAGAAAAGCGAUGGAUCGCGUGGACGGGGAGUACAUCGUCAUAUGA